AUGGCGACGGGCAGCAGACCGGCCGUCACUUGCUGCGCCGCCGUGCUGCUCGCCACGGCGCUGCUGAUCUCCGCACCGGGCACCACAGAGGCUUAUGAUUCUCUAGAUCCAAACAGCAACAUCACUAUAAAAUGGGAUGUUAUGCAAUGGACUCCUGAUGGAUAUGUCCACAGUGUAGGUCUUGCUGGGACUACCACUAAGACUGUCAAGGUGCCAAAGAACUUCACUCUAAGGACUCCUGGCCCCGAUUACACCUGUGGGCGUGCUAUCGUUGGCAACCCUUCUAGGUUUUUCUCCGCGGAUGGGCGUAGGUUUACCCAAGGUCUAAUGACAUGGAAUGUGACCUGCACGUAUUCCCAAUUUCUUGCUCCGAAGACUCCGUCCUGUUGUGUAUCUCUUUCAUCGUUUUAUAACGACACUACUGUGAACUGCCCGACAUGCUCCUGUGGCUGCCAGAACCCAAGUGGGUCAAACUGUGUGAAUAAGGGUUCGCCUCGUUUACGAUCUGUGAUUGAUGGCCCUGGCAAAUGGAGUGGCGAGCCUCUUGUGGAGUGCACUUGCAGCACUUCCCACACGUGCCCCGUAAAAAUCAACUGGCGUGUGAAGCAGAACAACAAGGACUACUGGAGAGUGAAGAUCACCAUCACAAACCUCAACUUCCGAAUGAACUACACGGAGUGGAACCUAGUUGUUCAGCAUCCAAACUUCGAUAACAUCACUCAGUUGUUUGGUGUCAACUACAAACCACUUACUCCAUAUGGGGGUGACAUAAAUAACACGGCAAUGUUCUGGGGUGUGAAGUCCUACAACGAUGUGCUGAUGCAAGACGGUAAGCUUGGGACGGUGCAGUCAGGGCUCCUUCUCCGUAAAGACUCCCGGACUUUCAUCUUCGAAAAGGGAUGGGCCUUCCCACGCCGAGUGUACUUCAAUGGUGAUAACUGUGUCAUGCCAGCUCCUGAAAAUUACUGA